GGCUCUGGUCCCCAACGUGCUUCCCCGUUGUGUGUCCGCGCUGGGCAAGAUGCCAGGUUGGAGCUUGCUGCUGCUUGUCUCUGGGAGAGCUUUCCAGUCCGUGGAUGCGCCUCCAUUUCGGGUACGUUCCCAUGAAUCAACGCAAAAAUCUCCCGCUCCUUUUAGGCACGUGUUUAGGGAGAUGGCGGCGCUGAGCGCGAAGCCGGGACAGCGGUUCAGCGUGCGGGACUGGCACAGCAGCUCCCGUCUCGUCUCGGCGGACGCCGAACGCCAGCGUUCUGCUUCCCACCGAGUCCGGCAGGAAGCCCGAGCUCUCCGCAACGAAACCGACAACCAGACGAAAUGGGAUGAACGUGACAACCAAACCCGCCUGGCUGAACGUAUCAGCAGCGUGAACAGAUGGAAGGAGACCCUGGACAAAUGCCUCGCAGACAUCGAUGCGGAAAUCGAUGCCUUAGCCAAAGUGAAGGAAGCAGCAGAACAUGCCCUCCAGGCAAAGAACUUGCCUUUGGACGUUGCCGUUGAGUGCCUGACGCUCCGCGAGAGCCGCCGCGCCGUCGACGUGGUGAGGGACCCCGUGGAGGAGGAGCUGCACAAGGAGGUGAAGGGCAUCGAGAAAGCCAAGAGAGAACUGCAGCAGCGAGUCAACGAAGCCUUCGAACAGCUCUGCCGCUUGCAGGAAACUCGCCAGCAGCUGAGCUGCGACCACCGGCGCAAGGUGGAAGCCCUGGAAAUAGAUCGUGUCUGCUUAUCCCUCAGCGUAAACUCUCCCAACAUCUCCUUCAAGGUCAACCCAACGCGGGUCCCUGACAGAUCAACCUCAGUGGAUGAGUGGGAACAGACCAGCCGGUUCAACAAGGAGCGUGCUGAGGCGGAAAUGAAAGCCGCGACGGGGCUCCGGGAAGCUGCGGCGCUUGCCAUUGCGCAGACAGACAACGAGCUGGAGGCUCAGCGUGUCGCUACGGAGUUUGCCUUGCGCAAGAGGAUUAGAGACCUGGAAAGAGCCUGUGAUGAACUGAAAUGGCAGGAGCAGAAUACCUUGGAGGAAAUUGCUGAGAUGGAGGAGGACAUCCGAUGCUUGGAGGAAGAUCUUCAGAGGAAAACGCAGGAUCUGAAAGUGGCCCACGCCCGCCUGGAGACCCGCAGCCUUCGGCCCGGUGUGGAGCGCUGCCGGGACCAGGUCCAGUACGGGCUGACGGCCGAGGUCCAGCAGCUGGGGGCCACAAUCCGAGCGCUCGGGCAGAAGCUGGCAGAGUCGCAGUAA